AAAAGAGCAGAAAGGAGACAGGCUGUUUUGCACAGGACAGAGUUUCCUUGGUGGCAGCAAUAGGUAGUCCUCUGGCACCCUACAAAUUACUAUGAGUCUACUACAUAGUAACACCAGCUUUGAAAAUAGCAAUCAGGAGAGUGGCUGUUGUGCCGCAAUGGCCAGUGCUUGCAGCGCUGGAGCCAAAGAAGAGAGCAUCAAUGCCACGGUCAGCAAUGGCACUGGUGGAACACUUUCGAACUCUUUCAUGGAGGAAACCCAGGGCUAUGAUGUGGAGUUUGACCCACCACUGGAAAGUAAAUAUGAGUGCCCCAUCUGUUUAAUGGCUCUGCGGGAAGCAGUACAGACCCCAUGCGGACACCGUUUCUGCAAAGCUUGCAUUGUCAAAUCAAUAAGAGAUGCUGGACAUAAAUGUCCAAUAGACAAUGCAAUUUUACUAGAAAAGCAACUCUUUCCUGACAACUUUGCAAAACGGGAAAUCCUCUCACUGACAGUGAAAUGUCCGAAUAAGGGCUGUAAUCAGAAGAUGGAACUACGGCAUUUAGAGGAGCAUCAGCUGCAUUGUGGCUUUGCCUCAGAGAAAUGUCACCAGUGCCAAGGAAUUUUCCAGAAGAAUCAGCUACAAGAGCACAUGAAGUUAGAAUGUCCUCGGCGACAAGUAUCUUGUCCAAACUGUGCUAUGUGUGUCCCUUAUGAAGAAAAAGAGGUUCACGAUGAGAUAUGCCUUUUGGCAAAUGUCUCCUGUGAAUACUGUAAUACAGUGCUAAUCAGAGAACAGCUGCCUAAUCACUAUGAUAACGAUUGCCCUACUGCUCCAGUACCAUGUACUUACAGCGACUUUGGAUGUCCAGAAAAAAUGCAGAGAAAUGAAUUGGCACGUCAUAUGCAAGAGUUCACUCAGGUUCAUAUGAGAAUGAUGGCUCAGAGUCUCCGACACAUCAGUGUUACUACCCCAACUUCCAUGAAUUUCCCUGGUGGUUUACCCUUUGACCCAUCACUUUUUUCUCAAGGUUUGCCACCCUCAUGUGAAUGUAGCCCCGAAGUCCAGAACUUCAAGGAAACCAUUCAACAAUUGGAAGGCCGCUUGGUAAGACAAGAUCACCAGAUUCGAGAACUCAUUGCAAAGAUGGAAACACAAAAUUCCCAAAUGGGGGAACUCAAACGUACAAUCCGAAAUCUAGAGGACCAGAUUGCUGAAAUAGAAGCACAGGAGUGUAAUGGCAUUUUUAUAUGGAAGAUUACAAAUUUCAAUGCUUAUCUCAAGGCCCAAGAAGAAGAAAAACCUGUUGUGAUCCACAGCCCAGGUUUCUAUACUGGAAGACCUGGUUACAAACUUUGUAUGCGCCUGCACAUCCAGUUACCAAAUGCUCAGCGCUGUGCUAACUAUAUUUCUCUUUUCGUUCACACUAUGCAAGGAAAUUACGACAGUCUCCUGCCUUGGCCUUUCCAAGGCACCAUAAGGCUUUCUAUCCUGGAUCAGACAGACGGACCUUCAAGGCAUAACCAUGAAGAAGUGAUGGAUACCAAGCCUGAGUUAUCAGCCUUCCAGCGUCCAACUGCCCCUCGCAACCCAAAAGGUUUUGGAUACGUGACUUUUAUGCAGCUGCAAGCACUAAAACAAAGAACGUAUGUAAAAGAGGACACUCUCCUGGUUCGUUGUGAAGCUUUAACACGUUUAGACUUAAACAGUAUUCGAAGAGAGGGUUUUCAGCCUCGUAGCACAGAUGGGACUGCAUAGUCCACCAGUUGAGCAUUUGUUGUUUCAUUGUGUGAAAACUUCUGAAAUGAAUAAAGGGUUGAUGAGAAUUGUAAAUCUCUGGAACAAAGAUAAAACUGCCAUUCAGAGAAGGUGGCACGUUGAUUCAGGGAAUAGAAAGUGUUUUGUGUUACUAUUUAUGGCAUAAAGGAAUUAGAUUGUGCACUCAGUUCUUAUCAUGUAAGCUAAAUGACUAUUUCAGAUGGUGAUAUACUUGUUUUGUUUUUCAAGAGCAUGCAGUAGAGCAGUACCAUUUCUAGUAUAGAAGCUGGGUCAAAUUCUACUUGCAUUUAUUGGUAAGAAGAGCUACAAUGUUUAACUCCCAUUAUCUUGGUAUCGGCAUCUCAGAGAAACUGAGUUAAUUGAAUACAUAACCUAGUGGGUUAGUGGGGGCUUUCAGACGAGAUUAAAUUUUGAGCCAUGAUAAUAUACUAAAUAAGUUUUGAGAGUGUGAAGGCAGAAAGAAAAGAACGUGUAUAACUACUGAAUGUUGUUUAUAAGCCUGGACUUUGAAAGUCAGUGCUCAGAGUGGCAUGUUUUUUCUGCAAAUAUGAAAUAAGCUUGGACUUUUGAUUGGUAGACUUCACUUUAUUGCUCCCUUCUGGGGACAUUUAUUGUUGUCAGUCAAGUUUAUAGCCAAUAGCCAGUACAGAUUUAGUACUGAGAAUCCAUUCUCGGUGUCUGCUAGUGGGUUUUUGCUACAUCUAAAAACACCUUGCAGUACUGUUCUAGAGAAGCUUUAUGACUCACUGGCCUGGUUAACUCACUCAAUGGCAAUAACUGAAGAGGUUUUGAGGUAUCCUUGUCUUUACACACUUGCCUUUUCUACAUGGCUGUUCUGUUUGUGUUUAUCUCUGAUCUAACUGCAUUUUGCACUUUUUAGUAGUGACAUAGAAUUCCACAAAAAUCUUAUUUUGCAUCUAUUGUUCUAAUUAGAUACUUGAGGCUUAAUGGAAUUCACCCAUUCCUUAACACUGACUGUUCCCUCUUAGGUGAUUAUUAAUUACUACAGGUCGCUUCACUGAAACAUGCGAACAUGUGUUCAGUUCUUAUAGUUCUAGUGAAUAACUCUGCACAUACUCUGAUCUAAUUAGAGCCAAGGGUGUUAGAUUUAAGCCAUUCCUGCCCUAAAGAGGACUAGUAAGGAAGUUCUUUUUUUGUACCCAGAAUUCUUUACUGUGCACGAUGAUCAACAAAGGAAGGUGCUAGACUGGAGCACAAUCUCCCUGGCGGUGCUAAUUGGCCUGAAUCUUCUGUGAGAGCUGUCAUCUUGUGUAAAGAAACCUGUGAUCCACAGCCAUUGGUGCUGACACACCAGUUUCAACAAUAACUCUCCAACAUUACCACAAAAGGCAUUCAUAUCACCAAUAGCCUAAUGGGAAGUAGUGCUUCCUUGAACUGCUGAAAACUAACCAGAAAUAGCACUUUCGGAGUGGUGCUUGUUCCAUUCCAGCAAUGCUCAUUUUAGCUUGUUUUGGAGUUGUUCUAAAGAAAGUGCCAGUUUCCUGUUGUGGUUGCAGAACUUCAUGAGCACUGGUAAACAGCCAGCAUUCGGUACAGCUUGAUGAACAAUAUUAUUGUGGUCAAAGAUGGCUGAGUGAUAACUUUGGCUCUCAUGUAGGAAAGAGUAAAUGUGUCUUCAGUAUUGCCAAUAAGGUGUCCAAUAAAAUCAGCAGUGUGGUAGGUACCAGUGAGCAGUGCCAGAUGCGUCAUUAGUGCUGGAAAUGCAUUUAUGGCUAUACAGGGUUUUGACAAUGUGAACUUUCUUUCAUCCUUAUAAUACCAUUCAGUGCAGUGUACUUGCAUCCCAAAUGAGCAAAACUUUAAUGGUCCUUAAAGAGUAUAUCCGUACUAGAGAUUCCAUUUUAGAUCUAUAAAGUUUGGAUAGAGGGACUGGAGACAAAGGCUGUUCUCUGGCAAAAUGUCCCAAGCAUUUGGCAGGUAAACGGAGCAUUUUCAGCAUAAUAGCAGCAGAAGAUUCACUGCUAAAUUAUGCAUGUAAAAUGAGGAAAGCAAUUAAGAUUAUAUUAUUGGCUGGUAAAUCUUGUAAUAGCAAAUCAUCCAGUAUUUUUCAUCUGCCACCUUCUGCGCCAUUUUUUCCACAAUUGUACAAGAGAGAUGCUUCAUUGGGAACAAGGACUUAAAAGGCCUUUACCAGUCAUAAUAGUUUUGUCUGUACCACCUGCAUUAUUUUAAAGAGCCAGCUGUCUCUUCAAGCAUUUACAAGAGCCAUUUUAUUGCUAGAAAUUUCUGUGUUCUACUUCUUUUUUCCUUUUAAAGGUGCAAUGCAGAAUAUUCUCUACUUACAUAGAGUGAAUCUUGGUGACAUUUUUGUACUCCCCCCCCCCCAAAAGAAAAACCACUGUGUCAAUCCUAUACUCACUUGGGAAGUCCGUGAGGGUUUUCUAAGUAAUGUCAUAUGGGCAUGUGCUACACAAGCCAAGAAGGAAAUGCUUUCCUUUUUAACUUUUUUUUAUAUGUGCAUACUAUUCCUGGGAGGGGUCUUACUGACAGUGUUGUCCACUGCUAUUCAGUUCAUACCCUUUUCAUUUCCCUAGAAGAGGCAAAAUUCUUGACAGAAAAGGUAACCAAAUUCCUUCUUCCUCAGCUGCCCAUUAGUUGGAGCCUUUAGCUUUAGCUAAAGCCAUUAGUGUACUACAGAAACUGAAGUUAAAUGAAUAAUUUCUCAUCUAAUUCAUGAAUUCAUAGCAAGAACAUAGAUGAGUCCUCUUGUAGAAUCAGUCUUCUUCAGUUGCUUUUUUAGAUUUUUGGAUUUGUCAGUCCCUUUACUUCAGAAAAAAUGUUAUUUUGGAACUAUUUUUCUUAAGUUUUUUUUAAAAAAAGAAGCUUUAGCUCCGUAUGCAGGGUGGCACUGUGCUACUUUAAUCUGUAUCUCACACAACCCCUACAGCAGUUGCUGGUUUGCCAAAUGGGCGAGUGUUCAAGCUAAUGUAGCAUCAUGUAUGUCAGUAGUAGAGAUGCAUGGGCCAUGGACCUACACUUUCUUAGCACAGCCCUGUGCCUCUCUACUCAAAAGUAAAUUCCAUUGAGGUAAAUAUAAUUUAAUUCUAGGUAAAUGCAUAUAAGGUUACAGCCUCAGGUUAAUUGUAUAAAUGCAAUAUAACCCAUUUCUUAAAAUGAGUAAACAUCUUAAAACAAUUUCUCCUUAUCAUACUUAUCUUAAAAUCUUAGUACUUAUUUUAAAUGUUUCCAUGCUCUUUCUCCUGCUUGUCUAUCUCGCUAUUUCUCCUGCUUGUCUGUCUUCAUAGCUAUACCUUCAUGUGUUCCUCAAUGCCAUUAUUGUAGUCCUGGAAUGGAUGCCUUGUGGCCCUCCAGAUGUUUUGGUCUAAUCCCUCACCAUUGGCUAUGCUGGCCAAGGCUGAUGGGAGUUGGAGGCUAAAACACCUGAAGGAUCACAAGGCAUGGAUCGUUAUUUUAGUCGAAUCCAUGAUUAAAUCUGUGUUCUCCCUAGUUCCCCUCUCUCUUUUUUGGUGUGUGGUCUUUGGAAGGCGUUUCCUCAAAUAGACACUCGUAGCCUGUCCACUUGUAGGAAGUACAUGUUUUAAUCUAUUUAUUCAAAUUAACACAAUGGUGUGGUUUUUUUUCCUUUAGUGUAUUUCUGUGCUUACUCCCUUCCCUUUGUGUGUUCUAUUUAUUUUGAUUUAAAUGACAGUCAACAGGGCUCUCUUUGAUUCAGCAUUUUAUGUUGCACAGUACCUUGGGAUUACUUUAGAAACUUAAGAAAUUACAGAAGUGACUAUUGUAUCAGUUGCUGCACACCAACAAAAAUAGUGUGAGAACUGCUCUAUAGUUCCAAUUGUCUACAGUAUAAGUAUAAAAGCUAUACUUUUAUAAGAGGUGAUAUCUUACAAGAGGUGGCAUGUAAUGUGAAUAGAAAUAAAAAGUAUGCCUGACCAUAAUCCGAACCCUGCAUGCACAGUUGUUCAUGGCUAACUGAGCAGAUAGCUGCAUUUGAGAACAUGAGAGCCUCCCUUUUACCUUGUAUGGCAAGAGAGAGUGCUGUUUGCAAGUGCAGGUCUAAGAUCACAGAUUAAUUCCUUGUGUAGUUUUGAUAAUUAUUUCACAAUUGUUUCCAAGCUUAUAAUAUAGGAAGAAAUAUUUGAAGUCAAAAAUACAAUGUGUUUGUGUGCAGAACAUCAAACGAUUGCUACUACCCAAAUUUAGGGAAUAUAGAACUGGAAAUGAAACAUAUUUUUGUUACAUUGUAAGAUCGUGGAGCAGCCUUCUGAGUCCAAGCAUGCAUUCCAUACAUUCCUUACCUUUUUUUGUUAAGAUAUCCUCUAGGUCUUACAUACUAAUGCUGCAACAUAACCCCAGCAGAUAGCAUCACUUUAGUGACAAACGCACACUAAAAUAUUAUUAAAUUCAUACCUCUACCACCCCACAGAUGAAGUACUCUCAGUAGUUUACAAAAGUCAAUAAAAACAGACAAUUUUAAAAAGUGUCAUAAAAGUCAGCCAAAAAAUUUAAAAGUGUAAAACACCUAAAACAAACAAUGGCAAAAAAUUAACCUGCAAAUAUCUGAAAGGGGUAAAAUCCCACAAGCCCCUGCAUGUUUAAGUAAAUUUUUAAAACGUCUCCAAAAAGAAGGCUGUCUUAACCUGGCACCAAAAAGAUAACAGAUUCAACACAGUUGGGCUGCACUGGGGAAGAUGAUCCAUAGAUGGGAGGGACUGCAGAGAAGGCCCCAGAAUUUGAGCUUAUUGUCUGAGUAGAUCAUGGCUGGCAGAAGCACUCUGAUAAGAAUUGUGAUCCUAAGCCAGCGUGCAAGGCUUUAUGGGUGAAAACCAGCACCUUGAAUUGGAACUAGAAGGAUACAGGCAGCCACUGCAGGUGGGUCAGAACCGAUCUUACAUGUUAAGUCCUGCAGGUUCCAGUUAUUAAUCUGGCUGCUGCAUUCUGCAAAAGCUGCAGCUUCAAGGGCAGCCCAUUAGAACGCAUUACAGUAAUCCAACUUGAAGAUUACCUGAGUGUAAACUACUGAAGCCAGGCUGUUCCUGUUCAGCACCACCAGCCAAAGCUAGUAGAAGGCACUCCAAGCCACUGAGACCACCUAAGCCUCAAGUGACAAAGAUUGGAUCAGGGAGUACAUUGAUGGCAACACACUCCAAAACUCCAGAGGACCCCCACUCAGUGCUUUCUUGUAAAACUUAAAUUGCAUGGGGGACAGAACUCCAUGCUGAGGAAUCCACAGAGCUGAGCAAUAUUCCCCAAGCACCAUCUUCUCAAGAUUGCCAUCCCUGCGAUGCAGUGCUCCUUAUUCCCAAUUCAGUUGCUCCUGAAGGUAACCCUGAUCGAUGGUAUCUAAAGCCACCAAAAGGUCCAACAGGAUCACACACACAUCCUAGUUCUGUCUGGCAUAGGUUAUCAUGCAGGGUGACCAAGGCUGCCUGAUCCCUGACUAAAAUGGGUCCAAGUAAUUAGUAACAUCCAAAAAUACCUGAAGUUGAUUGGCAAGCAGCCUUUCUAGAACUUUGCCCAGGAAAGGGAUGUUUGCUCCUGUCCUAAAAUAGCUGGUCAAGAGAGGACUUUUUCAGAAGUGGCCUCACCACCUCUUUUAAGGCAGUAUGGGACCACACACUCUCACAGAGAGGCAUUCAUGACCUCCCUGGCCCAGCCACUGGUUCCUUCCUUGCUGGCUCUUACAAGCCAGGAGGAGCAAGGAUCCAGUACAGAUUCAGUUGCACAAACACCUUGUCCACAUUCUCAAGCUGUAGCAAUGAAACUCAGCCAAUGAAAAUGGACCAGGCAACGCUCUGGAUAUCUCCACCAAUUCAGAGUCAAGUCCUGGUGAGAGAAUGCAAGAGACUUUCUUCUGGAAGUACCCAGCAAGUAAAUUACAUUGAGACUAAAAUGGUUCCAAGUUGUUCCCAUGGCCAGAAUAUGUGUGAUAAGCCCCAGCAUCCUUGAAAAACUACACUGGUAAAGGGAAGAUUGAAUAGUGGCAAUGAGAUACUGUUUCUUUGCCUUUCUUCACUGCCUCAAAAUAUACCCAACAGUGACAAUUCUACUAGUUCCUCUGAAUAAUAUUUAUCUGAAUAUAUUUUGUUAACUAAUGCACAAGACUAUAUAAUAAUCACACUUUAAUUAAAUCUUUAUACUUCUAAUGCCAUUUUUUGGACACUGUUUGCAAAAACUUUAUGCCAAAGACUUGUGGAUAUGAGUCUGAAUCUAGCUAAGAAGAUGACUACAUGAUAGGGCUUUAGAUUUGUUGUCUUCUAACAUAUUAAAGGUAAAGGUUUUCCCAUUACAUUAAAGUCCAAUCAUAUCUGAGUUGGGAGCAGUGCUCAUCUCCAUUUUCUAGCCGAGGGAGCCAGCGUGUGUCUGCAGACAGUUUCCAUGGUCAUGUGGCCAGCAUGACUAAACACCAAGGUGCAUGGAACACUGUUAUCUUCCCACUGAAGUGAUACCUUUUUAUCUACUGGCAUUUGUAUGCUUUCGAACUGCAAGGUUGGCAGGAGCUUCUAACAUAUAAGGCAGACCAAUUUUGAAACUCCCAGUACAUUCACACAAAAAAGCUCAAAAGUGCUAAAGCUUUGGGGUUCAUUGCAAUACUCAGCAGAACUAUUGAAUUGGUGUCCUUUCUUGUAGCAGAGAACAGGAAGCAAAGUGUGUUUUUCAAUGGCAACAAGGAGUUAAGUGGCAUCAGUCUAGCACAGCCUUCCUUAACUUGGUGUCUUGAUGUGCUACUACAAUUUCCACCUUGGAGAUAUAGUCAAAAACGUCUGGAGGACCAGUUUGGGGAAAGCUAUUCUACUCUUAGUAUUGCUUUUUUAUUUUCAAGUGUGUUUAAUCAUGUGAAGUGAGCUCAAAGCACAAAAUUUCCAGUGUAUUUGUUACGGGAAAUGGUGUAUCUGUUUCUUCCAGUGGAAGGCAUGAAACAGUUCCUCAAUUAGACAUUUGUCAUAAUGGAUAAGUGACAUUAUUAGCACUGCUAUAUCAGUUUCCUAUAACUAAAAUUAAAAGACAUGCUUUAUGGC